AGAAGACGCACACACACCCUUCUCCUUUGAUGAUGUCUACUGAGCAGAUGCAACCCCUGGAGCUGGCUGAAGACAGACUGGACAAGCUAGACCCUCGCUGCAGCCACUUGGAUGAUCUGCCAGAUCAGUUCCUUAAGGGCUGUGAUCUCACAAAGAAGCCAAGAAAGGGGAAAAAUAUGCAGGCCACCAUUACGGUGGAGUCAGAUCAGAAGAAACCAAGGAGGAAGGACACACCUGCGCUGCACAUCCCCCCUUUCAUCCCAGGUGUGAUCUCAGAACAUUUAAUUAAAAGAUACGACAUUCAAGAGAGACAUCCAAAGAGCAAAAUGAGCCCGCCUCUUCAUAACACUGACCUGGAACAGAAGAAGCCAAGGAGAAAAGACACACCUGCCCUGCACGUGCCCCCCUUUGCAGCAGGUGUAACGCUGCUCAGGGACGAGAGACCCAAAGUGAUCAUGGAAGAUGACGAAAAGGAUGGUGACAAGAUAGCUAUUUAA